AUGAUCCCCCGGAUACUAGAAAAGGAUGUGCGACUAGCACUCCUAAAACUGGAGAAAUUUCCCUUCGAUCAGAUCCGUAAACUAGCGAAGGAUGUAGCCGACGGCUCGAAGUCCGGUGGCACGGACGAUGCGCACUGCGAAAAAUGCGAGAAGAUCGUGGCGAAAAUAUUUGCCAUGGAAAAGGUACGGCCCAUGGCUUUCACCACGAGCGGCAAGACGGACGAGGAAAGGCUGUUGCAGAAAUUGGAGACAAUAGACGAGCGGCCGCUGGUGGAGGCUGAACCCAGGGUGGAAAGUUUCGACGACCCGCCCAAACCGAGCCAUGGUGCCCUGCGACCGUACGACGUCGCUAUACCGAACCGGCGCAAUCUGAAGGAUGUGGCCUUUGACGAGAUCGCCUCCAAGCUUAUGAGUUCCCCAGUGCGGGAGAUCGACAGGAGACUCCUGAAUACCUACAUGAAUCCUCAUUCGAUCCAUCGCACGACGUUGACGAUAGAGCACGAUGCGGCACCCACCAAGACGAAGGGAGUGGAAAGGGAAUUCAUUGCACCAAACAUCGCAGAGACCAGAGCAUUCGAACGAGAAGAGGAAGAGAUUGCGGUCGACGGCUUUCGCGAUGUGAACACUCCACCACACUGCCGGGAGUACGCUCUUAACCUGGUCGGCGAGUCACUCGAACGCACCUGGAAGGCGGAGCGUUGCCAGCCCUUGCACUGUGUCGCAGCAUACCCCACUUACAUUGAGAAGGGCACCGAGCGCUGUAGAAUGUUGCAGCAGUUGGAGGAGUUGGGCACGAGUUUUAUGGGCCCACAGCAGCUGAUGCUGGUGCCACUGCCACCUAACGAAACGGCGAUAUCCAGCCGCGAUUCUAGCGUACCCGAAGCGAAGCCGAAGGAGGAGGAUGGUGAGAAAGCCAACGUUACCGCGAUAUCAUACCAGACGUUGCCGCGAUCGAUUGGGCGUGGCAACCGUAAGGAAGGCAAGAAAGGGGACGACCUUGUCACGUUCUUUUCAACAGUGUCUGACAACUCUCCAAUCAAUGCUGCCCAGACACGUGCAUUUCAGAAGGACACCAUAGAUGAUGUUCCCCUGUCAGUUCUGCUGAGGAGGGUGAGACAACGCAGUACGAUUGAGCAGGAGAUGUACAAAAAGUCUGCUCGGUACCUGAGCAAGGGCCCGUGCCUGCCACCGUUGGAUUUGCGGCCUCGGAGCAAAACGUGUCCACCGCGCCCCUGCCCCGCCAAGAGAUCAACCAGCACCCCUAAGAAGAUGCCCUGCCCACCACCCAAGAAGAACGUCUGCCCGCCGCCAAAGAAGACAACCUGUCCCCCACCUAAGAAGACUCAAUGCCCACCUCGGAGGGACAGCGACCCCUGCAAACCACCCCCGCCGUGUCCGUCGAGGAAGAAGCCGUGCGGCCUGUUCACCGGCAACAGGAUUAAAGAGACCAUUAGUCUGAUUCUGUGCUCCGGUAGUCCCAUUUUCGGGAAGAGCUUGCUAAACAACGCAACCGUACUACGAUUGCCGAACAGAGGCGCGGUGCAAGCCACCCUCUCAGCCCACGCCGCGUACCCUGCACUAUGGGCAGGGACCACUGCAUCGAGGCUACGCAGUUGGGGCGUUCUCAGCUCGCGGUUAAGGAUCGCGUCGGCGGAAGCGGAGGGAGUGGCACUAGUGCGGGACUUUAAACCUUGGAGCCCAAUUCCCUCGUGGCCUAUGCCCAAGAAGAAGACGGAGAAAAGGCUGGUCUGUCCCAAGGAUGGCUGCCAGCCACCCAAGCCUUCACACGGCCCCUGCAAAGAGGCGCCCUGCAGCGCCAACCCAGCAGGCUCCCAGCGCAAGUAUGCAAACACGGACUGCGACCCGCAAGAACAAAUCUUGAUU